AGGUUUCUGUGAGAGCGGUCCUUUGCCUUCACGCCUCUCCUCAAAGCAGCAGUCUUCUCGAAACGAAGUCGUUUGACAACAGAGUCGCCUGCUCCAACUCCAGCCAGUACUCCUGCGGAGACUAUUACCAAAUCACUGUGCCCAAAGGCCUAGGCAAUGGCAGAACAACAACCAUCAAGGUUACAGAUAUACUCUACAUCUAGUACUGGAGUUUCCCCUUUCUGGAGAGAGAAGUAUGAAAGGGAGGCUAAGAAGUAUUGGGAUGUCUUCUACAAGCGACAUCAAGACAGAUUUUUUAAGGACCGACACUACUUGGACAAGGAGUGGGGCCACUAUUUCUCUGGAGCAGGAAGAAAAGUGAUUCUGGAGGUUGGCUGUGGAGCUGGAAAUACCAUCUUUCCUUUAGUUGCUACCUAUCCAGAUAUUUUUGUUCAUGCUUGUGAUUUCUCACCACGUGCCGUUGACUUGGUUAAGACACAUAAAGACUUCACAGAGAAUCGGGUUAGUGCAUUUGUUUGUGAUCUGACAGUUGAUGACCUAAGCGAGCAUAUUUCGCCUUCUUCAGUCGACAUUAUAACCAUGAUAUUUGUGUUAUCUGCAGUGUCCCCCGAGAAGAUGCCUCUAGUGUUGCAGAAUAUCAGAAAAGUUAUCAAGCCAAAUGGUUAUGUGUUGUUCCGAGAUUAUGCCACUGGUGACCUUGCUCAGGAACGGUUUAGUUGCAAGGACCAAAAAAUCAGCGAAAAUUUUUAUGUCAGGGGUGAUGGCACUCGUGCCUUCUAUUUUUCUGAUGAGUUCUUGACGAGUUUGUUCAAAGAAAAUGGAUUUGAUGUUGAAGAACUUGGUUUCUGCUGCAAGCAAGUAGAGAAUCGGUCACGGGAGAUAGUGAUGAAUAGGCGUUGGCUUCAAGCUGUAUUCCACUCUUCCGAUGGUCUAAAGUCUUCCUAUACAGAAUCUGCCAUCGAGUUUGACCUUUGUCAAGGAAAUGUUGAGCCUAUCUCCUCAUCAAGAAAUUCAGACCAACUUUGCCGAAGUGAGGAGAACAGUGCAAAGGAGCUUGCAAAUGAUUUUGAGGUUGACAUGUCUGAGGGUAUGGCUUUUGAAAUGUUUGGUAUUUCACACUCCAGUGAUGAGAUCAUUGAGGUAGAUGCAGGGAAUUGGAAUUUCAAGAUAAAAGUCCUUUCAAAAGAAUACCAACACACAUGCAAAUCAACUGGAUUGAUGCUAUGGGAAUCGGCUCGUCUUAUGGCAUCAGUCCUAGCCCAAAAUCCAACUGUUGUUGCUGGGAAAAGGGUGUUGGAGUUGGGGUGUGGCUGUGGGGGCAUUUGCUCAAUGGUUUCUGCUAGAUCUGCUGACUUUGUGGUUGCCACUGAUGGAGAUGCAAAAGCGCUCGACAUGCUGGCUGAAAAUGUUGCUUCAAAUCUCCAAAAACCAUUCCUGGACAAGCUAAUAACAAAGAGGCUAGAAUGGGGAAAUAGAGACCAUAUAGAAGCCAUCAAGGAACUGAAUGAUGAAGGCUUCGAAGUCAUUAUAGGCACAGAUGUAACUUACAUUCCUGAAGCUAUCUUGCCACUGUUUGCUACUGCAAAAGAGUUGAUUUCAUCCAACAGGGAUGCUCGAGAGAUCUGGAAACCGGCUUUAAUUCUUUGCCAUGUCCUGCGUAGAGUUGAUGAGCCAUCUAUACUUUCAGCUGCAUCAAAAUUUGGUUUUAGGCUAGUCGAUAAGUGGCCCACCAGCAUUCCAACAAGUUCAUCUCAAAGCAUCAUCAGCUCCUGGUUCUUGGAGAAAAGCUCUGAGGAAUGCAUCCCAACCACAGCAUUGAACAUCAUGUACUUCCACAGUGAGUAAAGUCGUUUCUUUUGGGCUUUCUAGAACUCUCAUGGUUUCUUUUCCUUCUUUCAAUUGAAAUUCAUCUGUAGGAAACAUGGCGAAAACUUGUUAUAGCUUAAACUUCUAUUUCUAAAUGAUAAGCUUGAAUAAAAGGGUAGUUUCUAUGGAAAAAUUCUUUGAAAUUAUACAUCCCUGAAUG